CAAAAACAAGAGAGAAAAAAGGAGGGAGAGUGCGAAAGCAGUCUCUCUUUUUUGAAUCUCUCUAAAACAAACACAUUAUACAACACAAAAGUAUUAUUAUUAGAUUAAUUUUUAAUUAUUAUCUUUUCCUUCUUUCUUCUUGAUUAUAAGAAGAAGAACAACAACAAUAAUAAUAAUAAUAAUAAUAAUUUUUUUUGUAUUCAAUUAAUUAAAUAAUUUUACUUGGUUGAUGUCUAGAUAUAAUAGCUUAGACCAAGAUCAUAUUUAUUUUGAAGAUCCCUUCUGCAAAUUUUCUUCAUGGAAAGCAUUGCCAGAAGUCGAGCUUUCUCAUCUCCUGAUUUGGCACCUUCUUCUACUAGUCAAGCUAUACGGCCAGAAGAUUACAGCUUAGAAGGCAUUGCUACAAAUGUGAAGCUAUUGCUAAAACUAAUUCAAGAACAUAAUGGAGCAAGUACUAAUGAUGACCGGAAAAUGCAAAGAAUUGCUGGAAUGAUAACAAUUCUAGAUGACGUAAAAUCAAGAAUUGAAAAAUCUCAAUCUGCAAGGAAAAGAUUAGCUGAGCUAAGGAGAUGCAAUACGGACCUAAGGCCUAAUCGCGCUCCGAGGGACAAGAAGCCUCAAGAAGGUGAAGAUAAUAAUCACGAGAAGCUAAGAAGACAACUUAGUGCAAGCUUUGCAGCAAGAAAAAGCCUAGAAAUUAUGUGUUCAAGUUUAGGAAAGGAAAGGGCAAUUAUGUCAUCUGAGCUUGCAAGAAAAGUUCAUGAAGUGAAUGAAAUGGAAGAACUUGUUAAUGACCUGAAAACGCAAAAUGAGACAUUAUUAGCAAAGCUACAAUCUCACCAUGCAGAGAAUAAGAAAACUAAUGGAGGUGAAUCUCAAGGAAAUGCAGCUCUCGAGGAUCGAAACAAGGCACUUUCAGCUCAGCUUCUUAAGUCACUCGAUAGUUAUCGAUCUUUAAAGAGGAAAUACAGGGACUUAAAAGAAGAAAACUUGGGAUUUCGAACAACAAUGGAGGAAAUUGGGACGGAAGUAACAUCUGGUCUUGAACAGAUUCGUAGCUUCAAGCAAAGAAUGGCCUCAAGUAAAGAUCAAUCAGCAGAUAUUCAAGAGGAGAUUUCAGCAUUAGAGCAAAUGUUCGAGCGAUUUAAUAUGAAAAUACUAAGACAUGAGGAAAAGAAUAUUGAAUGUGGUAAACCAAAAUCUAAUAUUAGCCCCAGCAAACCUCUUCUCGCAUGAGAAGAAAAGCCAAAGCUGCACACUUUAGAAUUUUGCUGCUGAUUUUGGUUUUCUAUAUGUUAUAUAUAAUUCAUUGGCAGAAGAAGAUGCAAAAUUUUGGAUGUUCGGUAUGAGUUAUUGUUAAGAGGGAAGCAGUUGUGAUGUGUUGAAGUACAAGUAAUUAAUUAGAAGCAUAUUACAAGUUCAUGUUCAAUUGGUUAGUUGAGUUGCUUAGUUUACUGUCUGUCUAUCUCCAAAUAGUUUAUACAAUUCCAAAUUUUGUUUUCUUCUUGA